GUUCUGUGGCACCUCGAUAUCUUCAGACGUAGUUUCCGUCAGCUCACCAUUCACAAGUGCAUGGAGGACUCGUGCAUUUUCUGUGCUCUGAAGAGCAUCUUUGCCCAGUUUCAGUACAGCAGUGAGAAAGUAUUACCGUCCGACGCUCUGCGCAGUGCGCUUGCCAAAACCUUCCAGGACGAGCAGAGGUUUCAGAUGGGCAUCAUGGACGACGCUGCAGAGUGCUUUGAGAACAUCUUGAUGAGGAUUCACUUCCACAUCUCAGACGAGACCAAAGAAGACAUCUGCACCGCCCGACACUGCAUCCCCCACCAGAAGUUCGCCAUGAUGCUUUAUGAACAGUGUGUGUGCAGCAGCUGUGGAGCGUCCUCAGAUCCUCUGCCCUUCAUUCAAAUGGUCCACUACAUCUCCACCACCUCCCUGUGUAACCAGGCAGUGAAGAUGUUAGAGUCGAGGGAGAAAGCCACUCCUGGUAUGUUUGGUGAGCUGCUGCGUAAUGCCAGCAUGGGAGACCUGCGCAGCUGUCCUGCUUGUGGCCAGCAGCUCCGUAUCGCCCGGGUCCUCCUCAACAGUCCGGAGAUCAUCACCAUCGGCCUGGUUUGGGACUCGGAGCAGUCGGACCUGGCCGAGGACGUCAUCCACACCCUGGGGACCUGCCUGCACCUCGGAGAUUUGUUUUACAGGGUGACGGAGGAGAAGGCCCGUCAGUCGGAGCUCUACCUGGUCGGCAUGGUGUGUUACUACGGGAAACAUUACUCCACCUUCUUCUUCCAGACCAAGAUCCGCCGAUGGAUGUACUUCGACGAUGCACACGUCAAGGAGAUUGGCCCCAAGUGGAAGGACGUGGUUUCCCGCUGCAUUAAGGGCCACUACCAGCCCCUGCUGCUGCUGUACGCCGACCCGAGGGGAACGCCGGUAUCCGUCCAGGACCUUCCCUCUCGACUCGACCUCCGUCACCUCAACAAGGCCGGCUACGACAGCGAGGACUCGGGCCGUGAGCAGUCGAUCUCCAGCGACACUCGCACCGACUCGUCGACUGAGAGCUAUUCGUGUCGACAGCCCUCCGUCUCGCACCAUGAGUCCCUGGUCUCUCACUUCUCCUCUGACUCCCAGGGAACCAUCAUCGAGAGCCCCCCCCCCGGACCCCUGCACACCUCUCUCUGCAGCCUGGAGACCCUAGGCCCCGUGGCGGACAGCGAGCAGCACCAAUCUCUGAGGAAGGGAGGCGGGGCUGGGGAUAGGAGGCGGAGCUCUAGCCGCCACCGUCGAUCUAAACCCGACAACGAAGCCUCGUCGGCCGGGUACCACAGCGAGGGAGAGACAUUAAAGGAGCAACAGGCUCCUCGUCCCCCCCCCAAAACUUCCUCCUCCUUCUCCUCAUCCACCAAUCGCCUCCGAGAAUUCAAGGAGACGAUGAGUAACAUCAUCCACAACCGUCCCCUCUCCUCCUCCUCCUCUUCCUCUUUACCAGCCACCAUCACCUCCUCUUCCUCCUCCUCCUCUAACAACCACCCCCCCGCCCCUUGCUCCUCCUCCUCUAACCCCUUGGAGUCUGAUGGCUCCGGAGGGUCCGGGAGGUGGAGGCCGCGGAGGGAGGCGCUGAACAUCGACAGCAUCUUCAGCCGAGAGAGGCGCAGGCAGGCGGGGUACAGUCCGCUGGGAGCACCCCUGCCCGACUCUGGAGCUCCAAGGGAGGAUGAGGAGGAGGAGGAGGGGAGGAAAGCAAGGACUCUCCCCCACUCCUCCUCCAGCUUCCACAGAGGAGGCGCACAGGGACUUCCUCCUCCUCCUCCUCCCCCCCCCAGACUGAUCCAGAGGAUGGAGAGCGGGUAUGAGAGCAGCGAGAGGAACAGCAGCAGCCCCGUCAGCCUGGACCUCCACCUGGGAGACAGGGAGUGUGCUGUGAAGAAGCCUCCCUCCUCCUCCUCAGGACCAUCAUGGAAGAACAUCCGGUCAAAGAGCAGUGGAGCUCUGCUGCAGGAGCACACCUCCUCCUGCAGGGGGAGCCUCGCAGCGCCCCCUGCAGGCCGCAGCGAGCUGGACGAGCUGCAGGAGGAGGUGCAGAGGAGAGCCCGGGAGGAGGAGACGCAGCGGAGGCAGGAGAAAGAGAAGGAGGCGGCGCUGGGAUUCAACCCCAGACCCAGCAAGUACCUGGACCUGGACCAACUGCAGAUCCAGGGUAAAGGUGAUGGUUUUGAGAGGUGUGUGUCGGAGGCGGAGCUUCUGUUGGAUCAGACUGUGCGUCUGGAGCAGGCGGGCGAGGUCACGGCAGCGCUGACGGCCGUCAACGAUGCCGUCUCCAAACUGCAGCUGGCGGCGUCUGAGGCCGGAGCGAGUAGCCACGUCCGGCUGCAGCGCUGCAUGAGGAGAGGGCGCAGCAUGCAGCAGCGCAUGCUGCUGCAGCAGCAGCAACAGGAACAGCCCAGUGAAAAGCCUCUCCCGCUCCAAAUACUUCUGACUGAAAGCGACCAAUCAGCUGCUCGUCUGGACCAACAGGUCCCGCCUCCCUGCCUUGUUAAGCCCCUCCCCCCCAAGAAGAGCCCGAUGUUGGACCCCGUCUCCAGCACUACAUCCAGCGAGGAACGAGGGACUGGAGACCCCUGCUCUCUCUUUGGGAAACCCCUUGCCAAAACCAGAUCCGUCCACCUGGGAGAUGUGGCUCCGCCCCCUCGACCUGAGGAGGUGGAGCUUCCCACCCAGCGGACCCCAGCACAGGCCCUUCCCCCUUCACCUGGCGGUACUCAUGACAGGUGUCUGAUUAAGGGGCCGUCGUUUUAUCCCCAGGCCCCGCCCCAUGCUCCCCCCCCCUCCCCCCCCACCAGGAGCUGGUCCUGCUUACCCCCCUCUGAUGUCGUCGAUUCUCCUCCAAUCAGCUCGUCCCUUUACUCGCCACCUGACUUCCCCUCCAACGUCCCCCCACCUCCCCCCAGCCAGGACUACACUGCGGCCCUGCCUGUAGAGCGAUGGGCAGAGAACGUCAAUAGAUACUACGGCUCCCAGAAUGCAUCAGCGGGAGACGAGGAGCUGUCGGAGCUGGACUCGCUGUACCAGGCCAGUCUGAUGGCUCCCAGCAUGCACCGGGGAAACAGAAGACUCAGCCCUCAGCCAACCGAUUCAGGUGUGAGAAGAAUGCUGUCAGGAUCAGGACGAUCCAAAACACCGACAGCUGAGAUUGAGAGAUACGCCUACAGAUCCCCGGCUGCAACACAUAAGCGGGCAGGUGAAGACGAGAGCUACAGCGCAUCGAACCUGCGGCGCAUCACACGCAGCCUGAGUGGCACCGUCGCCGGGUCACGACCCCAAAACAGCUGCGUGGCGGGCCCCCCCCUCCAGCAGCAGUUUCUGGCUGUGUCUGACGGGCGUUCGUCUCUCUCAGGUCACGCUCUGAGUUACGGCACGCUGCCCCGAGCCCCUCGCCUCCCCCCUCCUCUCUCCUCCUGCAACACCUCCUCCCUCUCCAGACCCAGACCCACCCCUGCCCCCCCUCACAGUCUCUACGCAACCCUGUCCCGCCCCCACCGCUCCGCCCCCCCUCCCACCAACGGUCACCUAACGUCUAACUCGAGCUCCGCCCCUUCCCAGCCGAUGCGUCUCGACGUCCCCCCCGACACCGACUGGCGCCUCCAACCCAACUUUCGGACUGUCAGCUCCUCCUCCUGGGACCCCCGCGCUGCCCGACACCACCUGCCCCCCCCACCACAGCCUCGCCGGGCCCCCCCCCCACUCUGCUCGCUCUGUCAGCAGUUCCCCGCAGAGCCGCCGCGUCCCUACUGCCUGUCGUGCGGCGCCUACGUGGCUCGCUUUCGCCCCGUCAGGUGAUCCGGAAACCCCCGCCUUCAGACACUCCCAACUAAAUGCCUGUGUCACGUAUAGUUCUGCAGGUUUUUCAGUAGUCUGACCCCGAAGGUAGCAUCUCCAUGGUUCCCUCUAUAAAAAGAAACGUGAUUUUUUUUUCAUUGGAUUUUUGGAAUAUGGCAGAAAAUAAGCUCUGUGACAAACAAUUAUGAUACUGACAGGUUUCGUUCAGCAGGAUAAACUCCACAUGAUUUUAACGUUGACAUGACAUCACUACUGCUAAGCUAAAGGCGCUAAUGUUCGGCGUGAUGACAUUUAGCAGUCUCAUUCAGCAACAACGAUGGGGCAUUUACUGACGUAUUUUAUGUUGUUAAAACUCAACGUUGAUAUGUCUUCAGCUUGUGUUAACCACAGAGCUUAUUUCUAACCAAUAACCAUUAAAAAGAUCCCAUUGUAUUCAACACGAGGGAACCAGAUGUGCAGAACACAUUUCCUGGUUUUAAGACUCAUACCUGCAGAACUCAAACCCACCAAUAUUUUAUUUUUAAAAUGUGCCAAUGUUUCUUUAAAUCCAUCGCUGCCCAUCACCCUCAGAGCAGAAAUCUGCCACAAACUUCUCACAAGUGUCCCCCCCCUUCUCACUGAACCCCAGACAUUUUUGGGGUUUGAUCUCCUACACACAGAAUACAAAUGUCUGCUGGAUAAAAGCACAUUUAGAUUUCUACUCAAGAGAAAUCACCGUGAUACAAACCAGGAGAACGAGGAGACGCUGCUGCUGUCUGAUAACGGUUCAUCAAAAUGUGACAAAAAAACACGUCUAUAUUCACAAACAGGCUCCGAUAUUAACCUUCAUCUGCUGGUAGUCAGUCUUAAUCAACAGGUUUAUUUAACAGUGAAAACACACUCAAUUAGCAGCAUCUAUUUUGAGCCUUAAUUUUGAGAUAUUUUAUUCAAGUAGGCGUUAUUUUUAAUGGAGAUUAAAGAUGAACAAUUUACAAGAAAUAUUUCUAUAUAUUCUCUUAAGAAGUCAUACAGAAAUGGACCACUUUAAUUUAAUAGAUAUUCAUAAAACAUGUAAUUGUAUUUUCUCCUUAACUCUCUUACUACUUAAAGGUGGGGUAGGUAAGUUUGAGAAACCGGCUCGAGAUACACUUUGUUAUAUUCCAUGGAAUGCUCUUAACAUCCCGAUAGCAAUUAAUAUCUUAAAUGCUUUGACAACAAAUCCAUAACAAAAUGUCAUCUGUGGAAGCCGUGGCGCUGUAAAAAGCACGACCAAUCAUCUGAGCCGGCUAAAGUAACUGGAUGGCCUACCUGCCUGUCAGCCUUCCAUCUGUGCACAAACUUAUCUCGUGCCCUCAUUGGUCAUGUGCGCGUUCCUGUGUGUUGGAGGAGGGUCUCUGUAAGGAAAGGGCAGAUUUUCUCCAGCUGUGUAUUUUCAAAUUCUAGCGCACUCGAGCUGGUUUCUCCAAAAUUACCUACCCCACCUUUAAAGAAUAAAUAAAUUGAUCACUUUAAUCUCAGAAUAUAAAUGUUUUUAUCAUGAUUUUUUUUUUAUCCAAAAAUGUGAAUCUUUGAAAUGUUACCCCUCCCUUUCGUGCAUAAUUGAUUGAUUUUUUUUUUUAACCUAAAUCGUGAUCGUAAACAGCCGGCAGUAUAGAGAGGCGAAGUCCCGCCCAUCUACUUCCGCCCCAUGGGACCUUAUUUUGGAAAAACUAUGUAUUGAAGUCAAUGGUGAGAGAAAGAUUCGUGAAUUGUGCCACAUAUUGUGUACACAUAUGUUUGUCAAUCUUAAAAAAUAAUUUCCAUGACAAAAAAGAAACAGUUUGUCGUAAAACUGUUGAAAUAUAAGACUAUGAAAAAUACGCAACUAGAAAGACUACAAAUCCCAGAAUCCCGGUCCCGCAUGCUGGCUCUUACGAACCGACUAACUCCCCUUGUGUGUAUGUACAGCUCUCAACGUGCCCAGACUUGGAGUGAUUUUCACCUCUUUUAAUACUUUCUGCCUCAUUCUGAAAGAAAGAAGUGAAAUGUUCCAACGUGACGGCCGUCUUGGUGUGUGGGGCGAGACGGGAGUUGUAGGUCAUUGAGCGGUUCACAAAAAAAGAGUGUUACUUCACAUUUUUACGACACAUUUAAAAUGUUUUGACUUGCAACAUUAUCUUUUAAAUUGACAAACAUCAUAUGUGUAAUUCGUGGCACAAUUCAAACGGGAUCGAAAGAUAACCUUUCUCUCUCCAUUGACCUCAAUACAUACUUUUUCCGAAAUAAGAUCCCAUGGAGGUCCCCGGAAAGGGAGGGACUUCGCCUCUCUAUGACGGUGAAAACAGUUUGAGUUGAAUAUGGAUGUGUCUGUUUUUGUCAUAUUCUGACGACAGGAAGUAGAAAAGCUGGGUCUCUACCUGCCGUUUGUGUCUCAGAAAUAUAAAUCUACUCUACUUA